AGUUCCGGGUGCGGUGCGCGCCAGGGGCGGGCGGGGGGCGGCGUCCUGGCCAUGGCCGGCCUGUCGGACCUGGAGCUGCGGCGGGAGCUACAGGCCCUGGGCUUCCAGCCAGGACCCAUCACCGACACCACCCGGGACGUCUACCGCAACAAGCUGCGCCGCCUGCGGGGCGAGGCCCGGCUACGCGGCGAGGAGCGGCUGCGGGAGGAGGCCCGGCUGCGGGGCGAGGAGCGGCUGCGCGAGGAGGCCCGGCUGCGCGAAGAGGCGCCGCUGCGAGCCCGGCCCGCUGCGGCCUCCCUGCGAGCGGAGCCCUGGCACUCCCCGCCGGCCUCGGGCUCGGCCUACGCGACCUCUGGGGCCUUCGGCGAUCUCGGGGCCUCCGCGGCUUCCUGGUCCGGGAGCCGCGGCUUCGCCUACCCCGCCCGCCCUGCGCCGCUCAGGCGCCGCGCCUCGGUCCGGGGCAGCUCCGAGGAGGACGAGGACGCCCGGCCGCUCGACCGGGCCGCGCCGGGCCACGGAGUCCGUCGCUGGUGGGCCACGACCCCGGCCCCGGCACGGCUGUCCUCCACCCUCCUCGGCGCCGACCCGCGUCCGGGCCUGCGAGCGACGCGGACGGGCUCAGCCGGCGCGGCGCGGGCCCGGCCCGAAGCGGGGCGGCGGCUGGAGCGCUGCCUGUCCCAGCUCCUGUUCUGGGCCAGCCUGGGGCUGCUGCUCGUCUUCCUGGGCAUCCUCUGGGUGAAGAUGGGCAAGCCCUCGGCGCCGCAGGAGGCGGAGGACAACAUGAAAUUAUUGCCAGUGGACUGUGACAGUAAAACAGAUGAGUUCUGUCAGGCCAAGCAGAAGGCGGCCUUGCUGGAGCUGCUGCAUGAACUGUACAACUUCCUGGCCAUCCAAGCCGGUAAUUUUGAAUGUGGAAAUCCAGAGAAGCUAAAAAGCAAAUGCAUUCCUGUAAUGGAGGCCCAGGAAUACCUAGCAAACGUGACCAGCAGCUCCUCUGCCAAGUUUGAAGCUGCGCUGACCUGGAUACUGAGCAGUAACAAGGACGUGGGCAUCUGGUUGAAAGGGGAAGACCCAUCAGAAUUGGUGACGACCGUGGACAAGGUGGUGUGCCUGGAAUCCGCCCGCCCGCGCAUGGGUGUCGGCUGCCGCCUGAGCCGCGCCCUGUUCACUGCUAUCACCAACUUGCUCAUCUUCUUCUGGUGCUUGGCCUUUCUGUGGGGCCUCCUGAUCCUCCUGAAGUAUCGGUGGCGGAAGUUGGAGGAAGAGGAGCAAGCCAUGUAUGAGAUGGUGAAGAAGAUUAUAGACGUGGUCCAGGACCAUUACGUGGACUGGGAGCAGGACAUGGAGCGCUACCCGUACGUGGGCAUCCUGCACGUGCGCGACACCCUGAUCCCUCCGCAGAGCCGGGACGUGCAGGCAGGAAGCUUAGGGAGAGCAGACUGACCACGGCAGCGUUGGUUCAUGCUUGUUGUUUGGUCCUCAGCAGGAGGCAGCUACGUCGCCCUCCGGCUCCCAAGAGGAGGCCACUUGGUGUUUUCAGACUCCCACCAAAUUCCUGGCCCCACCAGGAGUCGCCACGUGACCAUGAGUCACGGCCACUCUGAGCCAGUUUCCUCAUCCAAAACAAAGACACCACUGCCGGGCAGAGGGCUGCGCUGAAGCCCUUGUUUACUCAACAAAUGGUUAUUGAGCACCAACCGCAGGCCACAUGCUACUGGGUCCCGGGGAGACGGUGGGGAGAAGAAACCCAAAUCCGCGCCCCAGCGGAACAUUGGUUCCAGGGAGGAAGAGAGGUGACAAGAUGCAUAAGGAAAACGUGUGCUAUUAGGCAGUAGUGACAAGUCCUCAGGAAAGGGGGACGGGGUGUCAGGAAGUGGCCUCACAGCUCAUUAAGUCUGUGCCUAGCACGUGAGCACUCACCCAAGAGUGGCCCUUGUUGCUUGGGCUUCAGUUCCAGGCAACCCACAUGCUCACUGAAGUAAGAGCAAGAGUGCCGUCGCGGCUUGUCUCCGGCCGGGCCACCCGGCCUCAGCUCCCGUGCCACAGCAGGGACCACAGGCGGGACUGAGCCCGGUCGGUAAACCCCGGGAGACUCAAGCCAUGUUGGCUCCCAGCCUCUCGAUUUAUCUCCCAGGCCCCCGGUCGGUGCACCUGAGCCCUCAUGUCGUGAGGACCUGUCCGCUGCUGUCGGCCCUGCGUGGGCACCGUCGGGCAUGCCCCGCAGAGGAGGGUCUGCCCGUGAGACUGAGGGAGAGCCGUGGAGCCUGGCUGGCGCAGGCCUGCUCGCUGCCUGGGAGGGGGGGCUGGGGCUAGAGCAGCCCAGUGGGCCUGCCCCACGGGACCUGACCUCUGGAGGAGAAAGCCCUGGCACCCCAACUCUGACUCCUGACCCACGGGCCACCUUGGGUGCUUCCCUCCUUUGUCCUCCCCCAGGUGGAACCUUCCCGCUCCCACAUGUACACACCCAUGUUCACUCUCCACGCGAGGGGUCACAGGGAGGUGGUCUGUGGUGCUGACGAAAGACGGGAACUCAUCGAAGAGAAGAAGUCAGAGCAAUCCUCCCUGACUGCCUUGGAAUCUUCCUGUCUAGUCUGGAGGGGGAAGAGACCACAGGGGGCUGUCCAAGGGGAUGCAAGGCCCCAGGGACCCAGCAGAGCAGAAGGGGCCCUGGCCGGUAGCUCUGGUUCCAAGAGCAGCUCCAGCUUCUUCACCUCCCCGGUUGGAUGCUUAGCUCAUUCGCGUGCUCCAAAGUACUGUGGAGUUUGGACUCGACAGCCCAGUGGCCACUCUUUAAUUAGCCCACAUGGGGCAUUAGAAUGCAGCUGGCACCAGUGGUGGGGCCACCUGGCCCGGGCUGCUGCGGUAACAGGUCCCAGCAAGCGCUGGCCGAGGCCAGCACAACCCCUUCCCUCUUGGACACCUGGGGGUGCCCUGGCCCCCUCUGGCCCCCUUCAGCUCCCUUUAAUUGAAUGCUUUUGGAGCAGAGAAGGUUGAGGAAUUAUUUCUCUGUGGCUCAAGAAAUUCCUCUCCUCUGCAGGAGCUCUGUUAGUACCUGAUGCCUUUUCCUCCCGCAGAUAAAUUCUGCGCGAGAUCCUGGAGUCAGGGCCCCAGUUUGUACAGAGGGUGCGUCCGGACCAGCUCGCUUCUCUGGGCAGUACCCAGUGAAGCUGCCGGGGCGCAGCUUGCCUGCUGAGCCUGGUCCUUGUCG